AUGGCUGGAUUACGCACCCUUGUAUCCGUCCUCCUGGUAUGCAUCAGCUACCACGCCAUAACUGCAGCCCAUACUCUGGCACCGAGAGACAAAGAAGACAAAUCAGGCAAAUUUUCGUACCAGUGUGGAAACUCAAUCGCGACCGUCUCCCAAAUGCCGAAUAUCCAGACCUGCAUGGACUUUCGCCAAUUGUUCCCAAUUCAUGCGGCCCAGAAAAAUAUCUCGAUUCCCAUUCAGUCAUGGCUAGCUGGAAUGUGUGCAGCCAAAGACUGCCCCGAUGAGGGUCUGAAGGCAGCCUUGGCCGAGCUCUCCAAUGGCUGUGCAGCCGAGUUGAAGAACAACUCCCCACAUGCCGGCGCUCUCUUUUCCUUAUUCACGUACUACAAAGACAUCAAGUCUGACUAUUGUAAGAACACUAAAAAGCUAGACUUCUGUCAGCCAGGUUUGGUCGGUACUGUGGACAAAUUGCAGGAGACCAAACGUCCGUUCUUAACGGUCUCGGCGCAAGCUUAUUGUAACGAGUGCAACAAAAAGUCGAAGGCCGAGACACCGAACCCACCCACCAAACGCUCCGAGCCAAAGAAGAAGGGAUCGCUCAAAGUUUGCCGCGGCUCCGACCUUGACGAAAAGCGCAUUCAAAUCAGCAUGCCUGCCCUCAAAGAAAAAUCUGAAGCUCCUGCUAAGCCCGAAGAGAGUGACUGA